AUGUCCCAGGGAGGAAUGUAUAUCCCUCAGAGCUCGGGCGAUAGGAAUGUCUACAACCAAGGUCGCCUCGACCCGACGCAAAACCUUGCAUCCUAUCCAACUUUAUCCGUGUCACCUCCAGGCUCUUCAUUGCAGACCCCGCGCCCUGAGGCCGGCGCGCGCACGCCUUCCGCAUCUUCUGGUGCGGUCCCCAACGUGCUCGGGUCCCUGAAGCAAUUUUUGCCCGGGGACAAUGUCUCUGCAUUGUUCGACCCGCCGCCGCCGUCUUUCCAAAGGCCGCCUCGACCAGACCUCCCGUAUGCGCCUUUUGCGCCGACGCCCCUAAUGACAGCAGGAAGCGAGCUGGACAAGGGCUUUCCGCUGAUAGCUCCGCCUUCGACAACGGUCCCUCAUCCGUUUGUGACGCAUGGUGUUGGCGAGGAAGACUGGCUGCGCUUCUUGAAUGACGCAAAGACGGCAAGCAAGCUUUCUCCCGUGGAUCGUGUGAAGUCGACCGUCGCGCCUAUGGCUAUGCACAUGAGCAUCGGUAUAGGCUAUCUGGUCUCUAAGGCCAUAAUGAAGCGUCAGAAGGAUAAAAAGCGACCGCCGUCGGCCACAGGAACGUUGAGCUACAGUGGCCCAGAUGUGCCCCCACCAGACAUGGCCCAUCUUCCGCCCCAGGACCACCAUUACGACACAGACUCGGACAGCGCGUCUGAUUCUGAUGUCAAUGGGUCAAGCAAUAGUCCUGAGAGCAGCAGAGUUGCAACGAGGGGAGGACGCCGCGAACGGCGCAUGGAAAGACGGGCCGAGAGAGGGCAGCGCAUGGGACGCAGGAGGGAGAAGAGAAGUCAAGCCAAGGAGCAAUGGCGCUUGAUAGUGUGGACCUUCGGUGACGAGUAUACGCUUGAGGCCCUAUCAAAAAUUUUCCGUCCAAGUUCAGCGCUCAGUGCCAAGUCGCAGUCUGAGGAGUGCGGGCCGUGCGAUACUACAUAUGUUCGUAAUCAGACAUAA